AAAACAAAACGUUUACAAUCAGUGAAGAUGUGAUGUAGUAUAUUUUUGUCGUUCAAAAAAAAAAUGUAUUUAAAAUGCAUGAUAAUAUUAAUCAAAUUGUUUUUGGUUCAGCAAACAGAGACGGCCGUUGAUGAGGGAGACGUGGCAGUGGUCGCCGAAGAUGUCGCCAAAGAUUCGGUUAAAGACGAAGUGAUCAAGAAAGCCUCAGUACCUAAAACUGUACCGUUUUCCGGUCGCGCACACGCCAAAGGAAGUGUCAGAAUCGUCACUCAUUUUGGACCAAACUACGGAAGAAAACCGUGGCCUUUUUUCAUGAGAACUGGCCCGCUACCACGCUACAUAAACUCUUCGUACAUAUGGCCGUUACGUGUAAUUGAAAUCCAACCCCAACCGUGUUACCGACCAUUCCGGAUGCAACGGUUCGGGCCAAAGUUUGCACCGUUUUUCGAUUUCGUGCCAAGAAGAACGAUGUGGCAGCGUUCCGUGGCAAUACCGAUGUUGAACGUGCCACGUUAUCAAUGUGUUCCGAGAUUGCAAAAUCUGAAAGGCGAUGAUACUACGGAUGACUGAUUGGCAUCAUUUGGCGGCAAUAUUGAUAUUGGUCAUAACUUAACAUAACCGCUUUUAUAUAUAUAAAAAACAAUAUAAAUAGGCUAUAUAUACUAUUUCCUUUUUUUAUGGCUUAGAUGGGUGGACGAGCUCACAGCUAACCUGAUUUUAAGUGGUUACGGGAGCCCAUAGACAUCUACAACGUAAAUGCGCGAACCACCUGAUCGACACCGGCAAAAUACCUGUCACAUAAGUAGAUAACAAUAUUCAAUUACUAAGUUAAAAGCAAAUGUUUGGGCGUUUUAGUAGUAUCGUUUUUUAAUAAGUAAUUUAAAGCUAAUUCCAUUAAAUAUCCCGCGCAAUCUCAAGACUGUGGAUCAAUUAUCACUUAAUCAUCAUUGGUGUCCUAUUUAGACAAGUAUGGGAAAACAUAAUUCACCAUUUACAAUAGGUCUCAUCCUAGAAUCAUUUUCUUUUUGCGCUUAAACGGGUGGUUAGCUCACCGCCUAUCUGGUGUUAAGUGGUUACUGGAGCCCAUAGACAUCAACAAUGUCAAUGCUGCCACCCAGUUUUAGACAAGAUUUCUAAGUCUCAGUUAGUGGCUAUGCCACACUUUAAGCUGAAACUGCUUCACGGCAAAAAUAGGCAGGGUAGUGGUUCCUACUAGGGCGGACUCAUUAGAUGCCCUAAAACCGGUAAUAAAGGUUGAGACAGUUCUCCUAAGAAUUUGUGUUACUUUGAAAUAAGAGCUAUCAUAGAAAUUUUGUAUCUUAUAUUUGGUGGUUUCUUAAGGAGUCUUAUCAACGGUAAAACUUCUGUUCCAACCUCUCUUUACCACUUCGGUAAUGGUUUAAUUCAUUCUGCAUUAAAAAAAACAUAGACCUUAAUCACUGACACCACAAGACUUAGAUUCAUAUGAUAUAUUUUUAUUACGUUUCCUCUUUUGUUUUGUUGUGGAUAUUAUUUCUUGUAAAUAAGUGCAAAAAGUGCUAUCGAUUUUUUUUUGCAAAAGAUUAUGUUCACCAAUCGGUUCCAAGGAAAAAAAUCGGCUGUCAAACAAGGGACUAAAAUGUAGUGAACUGUUUCUUUAUAUAUAUACCUAUUUAUAUUUAAGGGUUAUUGGAAAUAUGAAGUAACUCUGCUAGUAAAUUCCAGAUUAGAUUAAAAGUAAUAGAUUUUGUCGUAGAAACUUUUAAAAUAUCUAGUUUUCAUGAUUUUUAAUUUACAAUAAAAAGUUGUUCGUUUCUGGAUUUUUCGAGAGAACAUCAGUUAAAUUGUAAACAUAAUAUCAUAGUUUCAUGAUUGUCUUCAUAUUUUCAUCUCGCCUUGUCGGUGGUAACCUUUAUUAUGGUUACGUCAUCUAUCCAGUAACCCUGUACAGACAAAAAUGUAACUUUAUUAUCUUACCAUAAAAAAACAUCUUAUUUUAUUUUAGUAUAUUAAAGAUUUUGGUUUUUUAGCAGCUGUUAUUCAUAAGCAUUUUCUUCUUAACCUUAUUCCUCAUUAUUAGUGUGGUCAGAGCAUGUCUACUUAUUAUGCUACAUAAGGUCUUGGCAUUAUGAUCGGUCAACCCUCCUUGGAUGAUAUCUCUAAUGGCAUAUCCACUGUAACGUGCCAUUGGGCUUUUUCUCUUUCUUCUUUUCUUUUUCUUUUACUUCAUCCUUUUUUGGUCCUACGAAUUCCUUUUUUAAUUUUAUAAAAAUAUUUAUAUUACACAAAAAUUUACAUUUUAAAAUACUAAAAUAUGAAAAUUUCAAUAAUUCCAUUCUUUUUUCAGUAUUUUCAUAAUAAAAAUCAAUAUGACAGUUGUAAUCCAUACGGAUUGGAGCAUAAACAAUUUCAGAUCCGAAA